UCCAUGUUUCGGACCAAUCGUGGGACAGUUGGGGGAUAUUUCUUGGCCGGUCGUACCAUGACCUGGUGGCCGGUUGGUGCAUCUCUGUUUGCCAGCAACAUCGGCAGUGGUCACUUUGUUGGUUUGGCAGGCACCGGGGCAGCUGGUGGCAUCGCCGUUGGAGGGUUUGAGUGGAGUGCUCUGUUUAUCGUGCUGCUGCUCGGCUGGCUGUUUGUACCCGUCUACCUCACAGCCGGGGUGAUCACAAUGCCUCAGUACCUGAAGAAGAGGUUUGGUGGGACCAGAAUCAGCCUCUACCUGUCAGUUAUCUCACUGUUACUGUACAUUUUGACUAAGAUCUCAGUGGAUAUGUUUUCAGGAGCAGUGUUUAUCCAGCAGGCGUUAGGAUGGAAUAUCUACGUGGCUGUCAUCGCCCUUCUGUUAAUAACAGCUUUGUACACUGUUACAGGUGGGCUGGCUGCACUGAUGUACACCGACACAGUUCAGACUUUUGUCAUCAUUGCUGGGGCCUUUGUCCUCACCGGCUUCUCAUUUGCUAAAGUCGGGGGCUACAGCGCUCUGCUUAAUAAAUACAGCUCCGCCACGCCGCUUAAUUUCACCUCCCUGGAACCCCACCGCUACAACAUCUCCCCCCACUGCUACACCCCCAGAGCGGACGCCUUCAACCUGCUGAGAGACCCAGCUGCAGGGGACCUGCCCUGGCCCGGGGUGCUGAUUGGGAUUCCAAUAGGGGGCAUCUGGUACUGGUGUACAGAUCAGGUGAUUGUACAGCGCUGCCUCGCAGCUCGCAGCAUCACGGACGUGAAGGCCGGCUGCAUCAUGUGCGGCUACCUCAAACUGCUGCCCAUGUUCCUCAUGGUGUUCCCCGGCAUGAUCAGCAGGAUUCUCUACCCAGAUGAGGUUGGCUGUGUGGUCCCUGAACUCUGCAAGAACAUUUGUGGGACUGAGGUGGGCUGCUCCAAUAUAGCUUAUCCUAAACUGGUGAUAUCAAUAAUGCCGGAUGGUUUGCGCGGUCUGAUGCUGGCUGUGAUGCUGGCUGCUCUCAUGUCCUCUUUGGCCUCCAUCUUUAACAGCAGCAGCACUUUGUUCACCAUGGACAUCUGGACCCGUAUCAGACCACAGGCCGCUGAGCGUGAGCUAAUCGUCGUAGGCAGAGUCUGGGUUCUGUGUAUUGUAGCUGUCAGUAUCUGCUGGAUCCCUGUGGUGCAGGCGGCACAGAGCGGUCAGCUGUUUGAUUACAUCCAGUCCGUCUCCAGCUAUCUGGCUCCCCCUAUCGCCGCCGUCUUCCUCCUGGCUGUGUUUGUUAAGAGGGUCAAUGAAACAGGUGCCUUCUGGGGCCUGAUUUGUGGUCUGCUGAUGGGUUUGUGUCGGAUGUUGCCCGAGUUCUGGUUUGGUACCGGCAGCUGUAUUUUCCCCUCCAGCUGCCCUUACCUGGUGUGUGGGAUCCAUUACCUCCACUUUGCCAUUAUCCUCUUCUUCUGCACGUCAGCGCUUGUGUUGCUGGUCAGCUGCUGCAGCGAGCCAAUAGAUGACCAGCAUCUUCAUCGUCUGGUGUUCAGCCUUCGUCAUUCCAAAGAGGAGAGAAAAGAUCUGGACUGGGAGCAAGAGGAAAAAGGGAGGAGGGCCAGGAGAGAGGCCAGCAGGAGGAUGAGGGAGAAUAAAAGCGAUGCAGGUAAGAAACAAAGGGAAAUCGAAGAGCAGUCUGGGAUCUGCCAACUUAUCAAACGGUUCUUUGGCCGGGGUGGCAGUUCCUCCCCGACCAAUGACGAAGAAGAACCUGAGGAACCGGUGCAGAUGCCCGACAUCAGUGAGGACCCAGUGUGGAAGAACGCCGUGGACGCCAACGCUCUCAUCAUGAUGGCUGUAGCAGUUUUCAUGUGGGGAUACUAUGCAUGACAGAGUCCUUAUGUUGCUUAAUGAAGGUGGAUUUUUAAAUGUCAAGAAAUAAAUACAAGUGUUGCCAUCUGUCACUGCACUGAAUAAGCUAUUUUCUUUAUUUUAAAGUAGUUCAAAGUAGGCGCACGUGCAAAUAUACAACCAUGCUGCAUUCUGACAGCAUGGUCCUUCUCUACUUUUGUCCAGUUUUAAAAAGCAUACGUAAUGCACAGUCUGAAAAAUGCUUUAUCAGGUUAAAAUGCCAUUACUGUAUACGGUUACAUCGUGAUUCAAUCACAGGUCGAUCUCGAAAGGUGUGAAGAUUGAAUUCUAAUAGAAGUUAACUCAAUAAAGCCUAAAAAAUUUUCUAACCUCCUUUAAAACUGUCUCAAAAACAAAAAGAAAAUCAGUGGAAAGUUUGGAGUUGCUUUAUAACACCCAUAAACAUGUGUGCUCAUACUGUGCCCAUCUUCACUCCCGUUUU